CGAUCGUGCGCUUUUUCCAUAAACCGCCCGUUGAGGUUGAAGUGUUGUUAUUGUUUUCAUAAGGUUGAGCCACAGCCCGCAGUCGGUUUGUCUGGGUCUGUGCGAAACGGGGAGGGUAUGCGAUGGUCUUAGCACUAGAGCGAGAGUCUUGUUGGGUUGGUUUAUGUUAUGACCGGUGGUGAUGCGAACAGGCACAUUGGAGCACGUGCGACUAUGUUGAAUGUUCAGUACUGUGGGAACGCUGCAAGGUGUUGUAGUGUGUUUCGGUAUUUAUGUGCAAUCGACGACCAGUGAAUUGCAGGGCGUGAGAACCGCGAGUGAGUGGGCACGGUUUCAAGUCCUAUUUUCGAUGAAGAAUGUUUAAGGGUUGCUUGCUGUUUAUGAACAUGAAAACAACGGCAGUAGCAGUAGUAGCAGCAGCAGCGGCGAGUAUUGAUCUUGACUCCCAGCGAAAUUGCAAGGUUGAGCAACUGAAUGCACUGCAUUUGGUGUGUGAUUUUGCAUGACUGAUCAAAGGUUACAAAAGACAGCACAACUUGCGUGCGUACUGACAACAAAGUGUAAGAGUUUGGAGAAAAAAGUGCGGUGUAUCUGAAAGCGAGUGUCGACGCUAAAACAAGGUGGAAACAAAAAAAACGAAGAAUCAGACAUCGCUAUAUUACGAAUAUAAAAUAGCAGAAAUUCCAGUUUUAACUGGCCAAGAUUUAUUAAGCUAUGGCAUCAUCAAACGUCAUCUGAUUAUAAUUUGUGUAUUUUCUCUUACGAUCCAGUGGAAGAAAGAGAUUGCUGUGAAAGCAGAAAGUAAAGAAACAAUUUUCAAUUGAACAAUACUAAAUUAGUUUAUGGAUGCAUGAUCACAACAACGUACACGAAUUGAACCACAACGAAACAACGAAUCCCAAUGGACGUCAUAGGUUUGGUGUUUACAGUGGAAAAACGAAAACGAAAGUACAAAGCAAGCGUGCAGUGUGAGCGAAACUCGAAGUGUUUAAUAUCAUAGAAAUUAUUAAAAGUUUUACCGUUCGGAAAUUUCGUACAGCAACGAAACAGGAAUAUGUAUUCGUUAUUCAUAGUGUUAGUGUUGACAAUUGUCUCCAUCCCAAAACAGAGCCUUUCGUUGGAGACAUUGUUUCAGUUAGAUGGUGACGAUGAAACAGGAGGAGGAGGGGGGAGUGAUUUCUCUAGUCCACUGUACGAUGAAAACUACGAUUCUGCUCUGGAUGAUGACCAAAACCGCUACCAGCAGCAACAAGCGGAUCAACAACCGUCGGCUGUGUUAGAUGAGGUGUUUUACCGGGUGACUCCGGCUGUUGACCAGAACAGUAGGGAACAGAGUGACAGAACGUUUAUCACAAGUAGCACAACAACCGGAAAUAGUAUCCUUUCAGCAACUGAAGAGGGAGAGCUGCCACCAACUGAUCACACCAGCAGCAGCAGCAGCAGUGAUAUCAUAACUUCUGAAGAAGCAAAAGCCAGUGCACCACAAGCAUUUAUUGGGGGAACCCCUAAUCGAGACACGUACAGCAGUCGCAGUUUGGACCACAAUACCGCGGACUCACUGCAGGCCUCAACAGUGCUAGAAACGAGCAUCGCAAACAAUUUCCUUUAUACCAACGUACGUUACAACGAUACAUACCAUUCCAGUACUUCCGAUGAAAGUUUAGAAAGAACUUCUGACGAUACGUUGAAUAGCGGGGAAGAUGACCCACAAUUUCUACUUACUACCACGAAUAUUCCUCCGCUCUCCAUACCGGACGUGCCGAUAAAACCAACCAAACCGCACAUCGACGAAAGCAAAAUUUCCAAGACUGAAUUACUCGCACGAAUGAUUACCGAUAAGAAUCUCCGGCUACCGAUCGCUAUCUUGGUAGACACCUGCAACGAUUCCCUCAGCUAUUCGAAGAAGGUUUUCGAUGCUUCACUCGUGCCCAAAUCACCAAUGGACGUUAUUUUGAUACGCUACAAUAGUACAGCGAUCACGAAAUCCAUCAGUUUCCGUAAUACGAAAUCGCUAAUGGAAGCCAUCAACUCGCUGCAACCAUCGUACGACAGCAGCGCUCAAGCCUACUACAGCAUUCUGCGAACAUGCCAGGAAAUUCCCUACGACAGUGCCAUCUUCCUGGCCACAUCGAAUGCGGCCGUCGUCGAAAAGAAUAUUGCUCACGAAGCCGCACUAGCGCUGCUAAAGAAACGGAUUCGGCUUUAUAUCAUUUGGUUCGGAGAUGAAAUAGAUACCAAUUUGUCAGAUCAACAUCUGGACAGCCAAACUGGACUCCACGAGCUUGCGUACAGAACUGGUGGCCGAGUGUUAAGAUUUGAAAUCGACCAUCAUUUUGGCAGUAAUCCCGUACUGACGACACUCGUAUCGGAAAGUGAAUUACAUGGUGACCAUACGAUCCCGAUUCCCGUCACUGCCGACAUCAACAGUUUAUAUUUCAAGCUGCACGGAAGCAUCGGAUCGGCCACACUCCGAACACCUACCGGACAUACAAUAGAUCUUCUGUACAACAGCGUUAAGCAAAACGACAACGUGAGUCGCAUGUUGCACCCUGAACAGGCAAGUGCUGAAUUAGUGACUGACAGCGAGACCGCGAAUCGAGAGUUCAGUCCCGAAUCGGAAGCCCACGAAUCGCCAGACUUCUUUGUUCUAGUCAGCCGGAUGGACGCCAGUGAUGACGGCACAUACUUUUUGGCCGUCAAUGGGUCGACCUCCAAAUUACCAAACAAAAGUCAUACAGCUGAGUAUUCAUCGGCUCCAGUGAUGUACGGGAUAACGGUCAAAGCUGAUUACCGUAUGCGUCAUGGAAUCCAACUGCUAGAACAUGGAAACCCACUACUGGAGCAUUAUUUCGAUAAUCACGGUAACAAUGAGGUGGACAUUUUAUCCAGCAACGAAUUGGAUACUUUGCGACACCAGCAAACACGUCGCACGGUGACGAACGACGGUAGAAUGCAACAGUCCGAGAAGCAACUGUUGCCAGCAAGUGAAGAAAGUGGCAUAGAAGGCCGGGCCACCCUGCAAGCCCUCACUAAGGUUGACGUCGGCGUAGACUCUCAGCUUAUGGGAAUUCGGGGAGCGUGGAUUCGGGUAAUUUUCGAAGUCACAAACUUCCGGCAAACAGCGAUGUUCUACAAUUUCCGAGUGACGGAUGAAAUGAGAUUCUUGCAGUCGAUGCUGCCAUUAUCAACAACAUUAGGACCAGGUCAAUCAAUGAACGUGGUUGUGACGCUACACAUACCCAACACCGCCGAAAUAGGGUCCAGGGAUAAAGUUACCUUUCGUACGGAAGGAGCCGAUGUGGUAUCGCAAGCUGCAUAUGUGACGGUAACCGAUUCUUCAGGGCUCUCCGAUGCUUAUCAGCCAUCGAUUUGGUACUCCUAUUCCAGUCGAUGUGAAGGUAGGUCAUCGCCUGGAACUUGUUCGGGAGCCUUCUGGACAGUUGAUAUCACAGCGAGAGAUUACGAAACGGGCAUUAUGAAAAUAGCUUCCGUCCCAGCGGGAAUCGUUUAUAAAAGUCCAUUCACGGCAGGAACGAGAGAUGAGGUGAAGGCCAGCUACACUGCAUCUUGCUGCCAACCGAAGGUGACCAUAACGGCGCACGAUGUUAGCAAAAAUGCUCGCACUAUCUCAUUGGACGUAACAGAUAUUUGGCUCAAUGAGGCCGGAAUCGCUGCUGUCGUGCUUGGUGUGCUGCUUCUAAUUGCCCUGAUUAUUUUGCUGGUCAUACUGAUUCGGUACUGCAUACGCAGACGGAAACGUUCCCAAGAGCUACCGAUCUAUAGAAGUGACGCCCGGGGGACACGAAGAGCUACGUAAACGCCACGUAAAAAAGCAAGGAUAAGUUGAAAGCACUUUCAAGCAAGGUUCAGGUCUAAGUCAAUGAACAGUACUUUAUAUAAUAAAUUUGAAAUAUCACACCAAAUAAUAAAGCAGUCAAAUGUAAUAUUACAGUAUAACUUGCAUUAAGUAUAGUUUAUAGUUCAAUGUACAUAAGAAUUAACAAACGCAAUGUUGUAACU